ACAAUUUUCUGCCUGUGAUCUGCUGGAUUUAAACGAAUAUACAUUUCAAGGAACACACAACACACCAAAAAUUCACAUCAGUCCUACAAAUAUAUUGAAGUUCUACAGAAACUUUUUUAUAUUUUUAUUUUUGACUUUUUUGUUGUUCAUCAUUCUACAUUAUCCUUGUUGAGGAUACAAUAUAGAAUAGUAAUAACAGUAGCAGCGCAGUGUGAGUUUUUCAACUUAAAAUUUGCUAUAUUAUAUCGUCGAUAUUUUAUUCUCUCUCUGUAGUAUAAAAACGAAUAGAAUCCUUGAACUUUGACCUAUUCGUGAAAUUUUUAGAGUGUUGUAUAGGAUAAACACCACAAAAACAAAAUCCAAAAAUAAAAAAGAAAUAUAUCCUUUUUUUAAUGUGAUUGAAAAUAUACAUACUUCUAGCCUCUACACAGUUAAGUGCUUCCUCUUGAUGAAAAAUAUCGAAACAAAAAUCAAUUUAUUCCAUCAAAGCUUCUUCGUAUGUACGUAUAAAGUAACGAAAACGACCUAAAACGUGAGUGAAAGUUGAAUAGAAAAAUUGUAUAAAAAGGAAGUAAGAAAAAAGAAAAUCCUCCAUUUUUCUUCGCAACAAAAUACAACAAAAUAUUUUAUUUUUAACAUAUACAUGUAAUUUAAAAAAGAGAGUGUUUUAUUAUUUUUCGAGAAUCGAGAGUGUGUUUCCUGUUUUGUUUGAAUUUUAUUGUUCGGAAAUAAAAUAUAUAAAUAUAAAAAUAAAACACACGCCCUACACCUACAACUUUUUUGAGCAAAAGAGUCCUUCUCCCCAUCAGCAGCAUCAUCACAUCGCAUCGCCCCAAAUUCAUCUUUGGUUAGAUUACAACAAUAAAACAAAAAGUAAAAACAACAAUAUUCAACUUUAUACCCUGUGCAACAUCAGGAACGAAUUUUUUUAACCGACAAUCCAACAACAAAGCUGAUUUUCUAUAAGAGUGGAUAUGAAUAUGAAACAAAGGUGACGCCGCUGCAAUGAGGACGAUCCGUUAGCGGCAUUGACUAUGGGACCAGAGGCAUGGGCGUGUGUGCGGACCCUGGGUCUUACCGGUGGUGUCAGGCAUUAAGCCGGUCGCGAUCAUCGUUCGCCACAACAACGACAACAACAACUACAAAUACAAAAACAACAAUAACAAAAUCUAAUAAUAAUUCGAAAACAGCAGUCAAAACUGCAACAACUUAUCGCAAAAGCUAUUCAAUCAUAUCUCGAACAACGCAAAAUCUAACCGAACUCUUCAAAUCCCUGGAGCUGGUGUUUCUUGUUUUUGUGAUAUUAACAAAAACUACCUUUGCCAAUAUUCCAGAAGAUGCUGUACACAUUACAGCCAUCCUUGGUGAAGGCGUCAUAUUCAACUGCCACGUCGAAUUCCCCAACGAUCAUCCUGUGCCAUAUGUCCUACAGUGGGACAAGAAGGUGAGCGAAACGGGAUCUGAUUUGCCCAUAUACAUUUGGUACGAAAGUUAUCCAGAACACAUCGAAGAAGGUUAUAAAGGACGUGUGUCUCGUGUGUCACAGGACUCACCGUUCGGUUCGGCAUCACUUAAUUUGACCAAUAUCAAGGAAGCGGAUCAGGGAUGGUACGAGUGUAAAGUUGUAUUUUUAAAUCGUGAUCCAAAACAACAUAAGAACGGUACAUGGUUCCAUUUAGAUGUACAUGCACCGCCACGUUUUAGUGUUACACCAGAAGAUAUUAUAUACGUUAAUUUAGGGGAUUCAAUUAUUCUUAAUUGCCAAGCCGAUGGCACACCAACACCCGAAAUUCUAUGGUACAAAGAUGCUAAUCCCGUUGAUCCAUCCUCUACUGUUGGCAUCUUUAAUGAUGGUACCGAGUUACGGAUCUCCACCAUCAGACACGAGGACAUCGGAGAGUACACCUGCAUUGCACGCAAUGGUGAGGGACAAGUCUCCCAUACGGCCCGUGUUAUAAUAGCGGGCGGCGCUGUAAUCAUGCCGGAUACCGGUAAAGCCGAUGAAAUAAAAAAAAUCGGUAUUACUGUGCCGCCCACAAACCAAACGAAGCUCGAGGGCGAGAAGGUGAUGUUCUCAUGCGAGGCAAAGGCCAUGCCUGGUAACGUCACCGUUCGAUGGUUUCGUGAGGGUUCACCCGUACGUGAGGUGGCCUCGCUAGAAACGCGUGUCACCAUUCGUAAGGAUGGAUCCCUAAUUAUAAAUCCAGUUAGUGCUGAUGAUUCCGGACAGUAUCUGUGCGAAGUAUCAAAUGGUAUUGGAGAUCCGCAGAGUGCUUCGGCUUAUUUGAAUGUUGAAUAUCCUGCCAAAGUGACCUUCACACCAACUGUACAAUAUCUACCCUUUCGACUAGCCGGUGUCGUUCAAUGUUAUAUUAAGUCGAAUCCACCCCUACAGUACGUGACGUGGACCAAAGAUAAGCGUCUCCUCGAGCCAUAUCAGACCAAGGACAUCGUCAUCAUGAACAACGGUUCGCUGUUGUUUACACGCGUUAAUGAGAAUCAUCAGGGGCGUUAUACCUGCACCCCAUACAAUGCACAGGGCACUCAGGGCUCAUCCGGCCCUAUGGAGGUCCUAGUGCGUAAGCCGCCUACAUUCACUGUCGAACCGGAGACGCUGUAUCAGCGAAAGGUUGGUGACAGCGUGGAAAUGCACUGCGACGCCAUCGAAGCAGAAGGCACCCAGCGGCCCACAAUUAAGUGGCAGAAGCAGGACGGACUCCAGUUAACCGAGUCGCAGAAGAGUCGCGUGAAAAUCAAUGGCGGCAACAUAACCAUCGAGAGCCUGAGACGCGAAGACUUUGGCUACUAUCAGUGUGUGGUGUCGAACGAAGUGGCCACCCUAAUGUCGGCAACCCAGCUGGUCAUCGAAGGUACUCAGCCGCAUGCUCCGUACAAUAUCACGGGUAAGGCGACCGAGUCUUCGAUAACGCUGCAAUGGAUGCCCGGUUACAGUGGCGGCCAGGAGUACAAACAGGACUACACGAUAUGGUACCGGGAGGCUGGCGUCUCGGACUGGCAGACGAUAUCCGUCACUCCAUCGGGGAGCACUCAAGUGACGAUCAACGGCCUGGCGCCGGGUAUGACGUACGAGUUCCAGGUAGUGGGGCGUAAUGCCCUUGGCGAUGGUAUGAUGAGCAAAGUCAUGACUGUAAGGACACUUGAUGCCCCAGCAGCGCCUCGUAACGUCAAAGCUGCAACCCAACCUCCAGAUCAUGUGUUUCAACUUAUGCCAGACGAGGCCGACAAAAUAUUAGAAUUCUAUGAAAUGCAUUUUCGAACAGACUCCAAUGGCUCUAUAAUUUAUAAUCCUCCAAAACUAAAACUAAGAGGUCCAAAACCAGGUCAACCACGCAAUUUAACCGUUACAGAAGUAUCAAAUGGCUUUUUAAUAUCAUGGCAAUCACCACUAGAACGUGCCCAUAUCGUAAAAUUCUACACAAUUAAGUAUCGUACAGAUGCCCAAUGGAAGACGCUUAAUCGCGGCCAAAUUCGGCCCGAAGAAACACAAUACUUAGUUAAAAAUUUAGUUGGCGGUCGUACAUAUUAUUUCCGUGUUCUAGCAAAUUCUGAAAAAAGUUACGAAUCCAGCGAUGAAGUUAAAUUCCCUGUGCCGGCACGUGUCAAACAUAAAGCAAUUACAGCCGGUGUCGUUGGGGGGAUCCUGUUUUUUAUUGUUGCGAUCAUUUUAUCGGUUUGUGCCGUAAAAAUUUGCAAUAAACGUAAACGACGAAAACAGGAAAAAGAGUUCAACAUGGUAGCUUGCAGGAUUACUGAUGCCCGUAACAUUGCCGCCAAUCGUACGGGCUGUAAUUCCAGUGGUCAAGUGCCUUUAAAAAAAUAUAAACAAGCCAGAAUAUCAAGUGUAACCACUGUCUUCAUAACCAUACUUCAUUGGAUUUGGCCACCGGAUCGUUGCACUAAUUGUCAUUCUAUCUACAGCACACCACAUAUCGAUGAGAUAGAUGGUACUCGGAGUGUUGGCCAAAUUCAUCGUUCUGUGGAUGGACGUUUCGUACUCUCCGAAACACCAGAUGUGCAUCAAGAAUCUAGAAGCGGUAGCAAAGCUGAACGUCGUAACAGCACAGGAUCUCAAAACUCCAGCAGUGAUGAUGGAGGAUUUCUAGCACGUCGAAGUUUUUUAAAUUCACGUGCAUCAUGGCGACGUCCAUUAGUCGCCUCUCCAAGUCAAUUGAGCCUUCAGUCGAAUGGUUCUGCAUCGGGGGGUUUCCUGAAUGGCUUGGGUGGAUUGUUGCGUGUUGGGGCGGGACGCUAUCAAAAUGUUCCUCGUAAUCAGCAGCAGUAUGCCAAUGUCUAUCGAAAUUUGCCACAACCAGUUUCGAGACCAUUGCAUCAAAAUCUUCACAUCAAUACCCUGGCAGUGCCACAGACUCCGAAUACACCGAACUUGUACACACCUUCGAGAGUGUCACGCAUCUUCUCCAGCUCCCCGGCCAGCACGAUUGGCAUACACUCACCAUGGUCACCAGCAGCCAAUCAGUUCUCCGAUCUGAGCACCGUUUACCCAAGUUCGGCGGAAAGGUCAUUCCCAACGCCAUCAAGUGGUGGACUAGGUGCCACUGCAUCUCUCGGUGGGAACGCUGGGAGCCGAUACAACCGCUACUAUUCUCAUGAACUGCCCUCCCUGAGGACAAUUCAAGAGGAGACACGGCGCAUGAAUCAAGGUUUUGUUCCGCUGCAUAUACCACCCUCACCGUCCUGGCGGGGAUACUAUCAGUCUCAGACACCAUAUCACAGUUAUCGGCCAAGAACGAGAUGGUAUCCACGCCAUUCACGGGUGACACGUUCCCAUUCUGAACUCCUAUCCCCACUGCCACACCUUAACUUCGCCGCCCACUAUCGGCCCUCAGGUGGCAUGGGGCUAGAAGCUUCACCGGAAAGCCGCUCCAGCUCGAGUGGCUUUGGUAGCAAGAAUACAUCGAAUCAGCAGCAUGGAUCUCAUCAUUCGGGGAGUACAAGUGAAUGGCGACUACUGCCUCCGUAUCGUCCACCACCACCACCUCCAUCCACAUCAUACUACUAUCAGGAUCCAGGCCCGCACUAUCACCAUCACAGCCUGCAUCAUCACCAUCAUCAUCAUCCUGCGUCAGCCGCAGCAGCCUCAGCGACAGUGGGAACACAAUCAACGCUGCCCUAUUACAACUACACUGGUAGCCUUAAACGUCCAACUACACCACCUUACACCAUGGGCAACUGGUUGGACAUGAUUUCGCGUCUGAAUGCCGCCACCGAUACAGUGAACGUGCACAAGGCAGUCGACGUUGGCAGUGUCGACGGUCACUACGAAUUCGAUCCGUCAACGCCGACGCCAAGUGCCUCCACACCCACCGGUGGUCCCCGCGAUGAUCUCAAUUUGCUCAAUAUCGACACGGGAAGCACAGGCGGUGGAAUAUUCCAUACCGCUACUUCCGGAAUACCACCAACUGCCGCUAUGACUCUUGGCCCUAUGCGUAAGCAGCGCUACGGUGGCACAAGCAACCGAUACGAUAACAUAGAAUCUCGUGUUCAAGCCAUGAAGGAAGAGUUUUACGCUUAUCGAAAGCGUCAGGCAAUGAAAAGAGCAGGAGUCGUGGAAUUAGAGAGUAUGUGUUAAAAAAAACAACCAGAAACAACAAAAUAAAUAACAAAUAACUCAGCACGCUUAGAAAAACCAUCUCAACACCUCCAAAACCCUGACCGAUUUAGAGCAAUAAAACAAUAACAACACAAAAUACAAAAGCAAAUUUAAAAAAACAUCGCAAUGGCUAUGAACUACAAAAAUAUUUUAAAUAACACGCCACCCCAUCCUUCGAACUUUUUAAAGAGCACUCGAAUUAUUUCUAAGUAGUCAUAUAGGUAAAUUUAAUUAUUAUUAUUAAAAAAAAACACAUACAAUUUCUUAAAAAAAAAAAAACAAGAAACAAAAAAAAAAAAAACUAAAAUCUUAGACAUACAUUUUCAAAAUUAAAACAAAAAAACGUACACAACAACCAUAAUAAUUAUAAACCUAAAUUUAAUUGUAAAAAAAAAAAAAAACAAAAACAAAACCAGCAAAAUUAAUAAAAACAAAAAAAUCAUAAAGAUUAUAUUAUUAUUAAUUUACUUGUAAAAAUAAUGUAGAACUUUAAAAAUCGAUAAGAUCGCAAUUAUUAUACAAUUAAUUUAUAAAUUUAAAUACAACAAAACAUAUAUAUAGUAUAAAUGGCUAUGGUUAUAUUAUUAUUAUAAUAAUAAAACAAAAUUCACAAACAAUAUAAAAUUAUUUAGGAUAAAACAAAUUAAACUUUAAAUUUAAAAAAAAAAAGCAAAAAACAACUUGUAAAUAUUAAUUAUAAUUAAUUAUUUUAGAAAACAUAAUAAAUAAAAACAACAAACAAAAAGAUUCUUAUUAAAUUUCCAAAAUUUCGAGACAGAAAAUAACUUUAAAAAAUAUAUAUACAUAAAAUAAAAAAUCUUUUCAAACUAAAGAAUUUUUUUUAAUUUUUCUUUCAUAAAAUAUUUCAAAAAUAUAUAUAUUAAAAAUAUAAAAAUAUUUAGAAAGAAAAAUGUAAGAAAAGGAAAACAUAAAACAACUAAAUAGAAAAUAACAUUUUACUUUAAGGCAGUAAAUCCAAAUAAAAACAUUUAAAAAAAUAUAUAGAAAAAAAACAACAAUAAAGACAAACGUUUCAUAAUUUUAAAAACAUAAUAAACAAAUUAUAUAUAUAAAAUAAUUUAAAAAAAAUAUAAUUAUAACAUUGAAAACAAGCAAAACGAAAAGUAUCUCUUCACUAAAUUUUUAUUUGGUUAACUAAAAUGAAAAGAAACCAAAUGAAAAUUUAAACAAAAUAAAAAAGCAUAAAAUAAGAGAUACAAACAAAAAUUAACAAGUGAAUAAAUUUUAAAUAUAAUAAUAAUAGGUGCACAUUUAUUGAUAAAAUUAAUUUUAAAUUGAAAUUUUAAAAUUAACAGAAAAAAAAACAGAACAAAACUAUACAUUACACAUUUUAAAAUGAAGUAUGAAAAUAAAAAAUAAUUAAUAUAAAAUGAAAUUACGAAUCUUACUUGCGAACAUAAUAUAUUUUUUGUUUGUUUAAUAGAAGAUGAAAAAUUAAAAAAACAUUUAUAAUGUUUUAAUUUUUAUUUUAAUUUUUUCGUGCUUAUAUCGAAGCUCAUUUAUAAUUUUGAAACAAAUUAAAAGAAAAUAAAAAAACUUAGCGAAGUGACCUCUUUCUCAGUCAUAGUAUUCUCACUUUUCAACAUCUGACUACUUUAAAAAUAGCUUCUAAGGGAAACUCACAACUUAAGUUUUCAAAAAACUUUAACUUAAAGCUUUUAUUAUUUUGUUUUAAUCAAGAAACUCUUUCAAGUAUGGCAAUUGGCUAAAACGAAAGUUGGUAUCGAAUCCACUAAUUUAGACUUUUUUGUCUACCUUAAAUUAGUAUUAUUUAAAAUUUUGUUUCAGCUUUCUACAGUCUGACAAAUAUUGAUAUAUUUUUCAAUAAUCUAUUAAGUAUUUUUAUGGAUAAAACAAAGUUUCAAAUAAACUUUGGUCAGAACUAUAUUUGAUUCUAUAUUACGAAAGCCAAAAACUAUUAUGCCAAAAAAUAACUUGCCAGUUUUUUUUUUCAAACCCAAAAUUCUACUAAUUUCAAUCUUUUUCCCAACCUACGUAUUUACUUUGAACUUUCAAAACUCAAAUUGGUCGCAGAAAAUUCAAACGAAGUAAAAAUAAACAUAAAUAGUUCAUUAUUGAAAAACAAAAAAGUAAAUUUAACAAAAAAUCAAGUAACAUUAAACUUUAAAAAACAAAAUGCAAGUAUCUUGUAAAAGUUAUUGGAACCUACCCCAAACAACAACAAAAAUGUGAGAGGAGAAUUACUAGGUCUUAAGAAAUAAAAAUAAAAAAACAAAAAAUAAAUGAAUUAAAAAAAUAUUAUAAAAAAAAAAAAAA